AUUCAUUGGAAACGGAUCAGGGCCAUCCUGUGCCUUUUGCCCAGCUGGUAGUUUGGCGCAUUCACCCAGCAUCUCGGGCUGGUAAUCCUCUAACUCAGGACUGAAAAGGUCUCUGACACUCAGGAGUCACGAAAUGUACCCGUCGCUGUGGCAUGGAUGUUUUUGAAGGGCCGCCAAUUGGCCAAAGAGAGUGCAGACCACCAGCCUAAGAGGUUGGGGUGGCAAAGUUCCCUCUUCGCGCCAAUCCCAAACUGGCUUUGCGGCGUAUCUGGUGCGGCUCGGACGGGGGAGCCGGCAGCCCGUCUGACGGGCUGGAUGCAAAACGGGCUGUUGAGAUGCAAACCUGAGGCUAAACCUCAUUUGGCUGCGAAAACCAACGCUUUGCAUGGAGAAAUCAAUCAGAGCCGGGAGAUGAAGCCAUUCUGGUUUAUUGACUUGUUUCCCGGCCAGGUGAAAUUCCGUGUUUUGCUUUUCGUCGUUGUGUUCUCGAGGUGGCACAAGCCCUGUUGUGCCCCUUCCGGGGUUCAGGCCAAAAAUCCACCUUAGUGCAGCAGCCUGUUGGUGAGGGUGGGACGGCCAGGUUCCCCCACCCCACAGGACCUGGCUAGAAGUGAGUAUUCAUCUUCUAGCAUUGAUGCUCGACUGUUUCUAGUCUCAGCUAAGCAAUUUGGGAAAUUCUGAGGAAACCUCGGGACCCUCGUCCAGGCUGGGCCAAAUCCUUCCCUGUUGUGGCCGGCAAAACCACCGGAAGGGGUCCACGAAGUUUCUGCAAGUCAGCUCGGGUUUCAUCUUCGCCAGCCCAAUUACAGCAGACCCCUGGCACCUUUGCAAAAGACCGGGGAGACUGCCUCAGAUUUUGGGCAGCAUGGACUGUCCUAAGCUCAAGGCUAUUUUAAGCCAGCUUUGGACUCAGAACCACGCACGCUUUUAAAAGGAAGAAUCGUGGCUCUCUGCGUGGAGCCUGAGCAAGGCCCCAGAAAUUUUGUAGAGCUGAUGGUUGUCGGGCCCCACGGGCUCCGAAGCACCGGAAGAGGCAUGGAAAUGCGUGCAAAUGAGUUGGCCCUGGGCAUCUAUGCAAAGGGCCAGGUGAAAGGGACGUCAGCUGAAGCACGGAGGAAAGUUUUCAUACCCACCAGCUGCCCGAGGAAGACCAUGGCGCUUGCCACUGCGGUGGGCGCCUUUCUCAGCAUUUCUGUUUCCAUUGCCAGCACGCCUUCUUCUCACUUCCACUUAGCAGGAGAUUAUAUUCUGGGGGGUCUCUUCUCCCUGCACGCGGAAGUGGAGGGCAUCUCUCCCCCCCGGGACCCCCAGGUGCCCGUCUGUGAACAGUAAGUAGCAGAGGGAGGAGACACUGAGGACGGCCUGAAAGGAGAAUCGAACACCGCCAUGCUUUGGUUCAGCUGCUCUGAAUUGGGGAAGCUUCUCCAGGAACAGAGGCCGCCCCCUCCCAGGACUGAAACCAGAGUGGGUGGGAACAGCACGAUGGGCCAGAAAGCUUUUGGCCAGGCCUGCCCUACCUUCUGUCUUGCCCACCUUUCACAGGUACAACCUGAAAAUGGCCGGCUACAGCUACUUCCAAGCUAUGCGGUUUGCAGUGGAGGAGAUCAACAACUCCCCCAGCCUCUUGCCGGGGGUCCGGCUGGGGUACGAAAUGAUCGACAACUGUUACCUCGCCAACACCGUCCACCCCGUCCUGUAUUUCCUCGCCGACAACCGGUCCACCAUCCAAAUCCAGAGGAAUUACACUUCGUACCGCCCGAGGGUCAUAGCUGUGAUCGGUCCGGAUUCGUCCCCGGCGGCGGUCACCGUGGCUUAUAUUUUGAGUCACUUUCUUGUCCCGCAGGUCACCUACAGCGCGACCACGGAGGCUCUGAGCGACCCUGGGACGUUCCCCGUGACUUUCCGCACGAUCCCGAGCGCCGAGCAGCAGAUUGUGGUCAUAUUGCGGCUGCUACGCCACUUCAGGUGGAACUGGUUCAUUGUCCUGUCCAGCGACGACGAGUACGGCCACCAGAACCUCCAGCUGCUGCGGUUCCAGGCCCCCCGGGCCUGCCUCGCCCUCCAGGAGACCCUUCCCGUGCAGCGAAGAGAUCCGCAGGUUUGGGGCAGCCCCGUCCAGGAGAAGAUCAGGGCCGCGGUGGCCCGGAUCAGGAGAAGCACGGCCAAGGUGGUGGUGGUCCUCAGCUUGGAACUGCCCCUCCCGGCCUUCUUCGAAGAAGCCCUCGGCCAGAACCUCACCGGCUUGGUGUGGAUCGCCGCGGAAGCCUGGGCCACUGACCUGUCCCUUCACAACAUCCACAACGUGUCCAGCCUGGGAACCAUAUUUGGGGUGGCCGUGCAGGACGUCCCUGUCCCGGGGUUGGAUGACUUCCGAGUCGGGGGGCCCUCCGGGGCGAGCGGGGACCCCAAAGAGCCAGCCUCUGGCAGCACGUGCAACCAGGUUUGCCAGGAAUGCCUUCCCACCGUCCAGCUCUACGAUAAGAGCCUCCGGCAAGCGGGGAACCGCAUCGAUUUCAACGUCUACUCGGCCGUCUACGUCGCCGCUCACGCCUUGCACCGCCUGCUGAGUUGCAACGACACCGGGUGCCAGAAGAAGACCGUUUACCCCUGGCAGCUUCUAAAUGAGAUCGGCCGGGUGAAUUUCACCCUGCUCAAUACCACCAUUAACUUUGACAAGAAAGGCGACCCCCCGAACGGUUUCGAGGUGGUCCAGUGGCGGUGGGACCUCCCUGGGAAGCCCUUCGAGAGAGUGGCGACGUACGACUCGCUGGAGGACAAGCUCAGCGUCCUUGCGGGGAGCAUCGCCUGGCAGACGCCCGAUAACACGGCCCCAAAGUCUGUCUGCUCUGAGCAGUGCAGCUCUGGAUGGAAGAAGAAGCAGAUCGGUUCCCUUUCCUGCUGCUUCGAGUGCGUGGAGUGCGAAGCCGGGACGUUUCUCAACGACAGCGACAGCUUUACCUGCCAGAGAUGCCCGCUGGACAUGUGGUCCCAUCCUGGCCGGGAAGAAUGCUUCCCGAAGCUCGUGGUGUACCUGCAGUGGGGCCACCCCGUCUCCGUCGCGCUGCUGCUCCUCUCCGCCCUCGGCUUCUCGGCAACUUUGGGGAUCCUCGCCACGUUUGCCCGUCAUGCCAGCACGCCGGUGGUGAAGUCCGCUGGCGGCAAGCUCUGCUUCCUCAUGCUGUCCUCCCUCGUCCUCGGCUUCUGCAGCGUCUUCUCCUACGUCGGCGUCCCCACCGAGCUGCGGUGUCUUCUCCGCCAGGUGGGCUUCAGCCUCUGUUUCACCGUCUGCAUCUCCUGCGCCACCGUCCGCGCCUUCCAGAUCCUCUGCGCCUUCAAGGUGGUGGCCUGGCUGCCCACCGCCUUCACCGCGUGGGCCACGUCCAGGGGGCAGUGGGCUUUCAUCGCCACGGUCUCCGCCGCCAAGGUGGCCGUCCUGAUGCUCAACCUCUGGUACCACUACCCGAGGCCCGUGAAAGCCGUCGUGAAGGGCAGCCCAGCUGAGCUUUUCCUGACGUGUCACGCAGAUCACCUGUCUGCCGUGGCGGCCAGCCACGCCUUUGACAUGGUCCUCUCCUUCGUGUGCUUCUGCUUGGCCUACGCCGGGAAGGGGCUGCCGAAGAGCUACAAUGAGGCCAAGUACAUCACGGUCAUCAUGGUUUGCUACUUCAGCUCCUGGGUGCUGCUGGUGCUGGUCGUGACCGUCUCGGAAGGGACGGUGGUCACCGUCUUGGACAUGGCGGUCGUGCUGUCCAACCUGCUCAGCCUGUCCUUGGGCUAUUUCGGGCCCAAGUGCUACGUGAUCUACGUCCACCCAGAACGCAACACACCGGCCUUCUUCCAGGCCGCCAUUCAGAGCUACACCAUGGACCAGGGCUAGGACCCCCUUCGGCCCCAGCUCUGGCUUCUGGGCCUUCCCUUUGCGCCCGUCUGGGUGCCCCACUUGGUUAGCGGGUCACGAUGCCAAGGCACAGCCCAGAUGCCAGAUUCUCAGUUUUUGGCCAUGUUUUUACGCUUCUGCUUCAGACACGUACCUGUGUGGCUCCUUUUACCUACAGGCAUGUCAUGGCUGCUCACCUGAGUGGGAAAAGCUUAUUCCACUUCUUCUCUUCGCCACGCUAAUCCCCCCCAGUUUCCCCCCCAGGGCUCCCUCUCUUUGCACACAACCUCCUUAAAAAUACGACCCCAGCACUGAACUCACCGGCAGGGCAGUCGAUUAAAAUUAAAAAAAUAGGGGAGAGGUUUCCUUUGGUGGUCUAUGAAUGCUUCGUAUGAUUUAUUUUAUUCCUUUAUUACAUUUAUCCCCCACCCAUCUCCCCCCAAUGGGGGACUCUGGCCGGCUCGCAACACGUUAAAACAAUAAAUCAGUGUAAGGAUUAACGUGAAGAUGAACGUCGCUUCUCCGUGGAACUGCCGGCCACUGGAAAUCAGGCCGGCUCCCACGUUCUUGGCUUUCCGACGGCUUUUUGAGAUGAAAUUUCCUCAGAGACCUUGCGGGGAAUUAAACAACACCUCCGCCA